UGUAAUUAUGUGGGUCUUUGUGUACAAGGACUGCAAGCAAGGAGGGGUCUAAUUGCUUUAAAAUCCCUGAGUGCAUUUGUCUCUGUGAGCCUGUGCAGUUGUAAGUGGUGCGCAGUUUCUAAGGGUCACAUUGACAUGUACGCCUCUGAAUGUUCCAUUUGAACAGUUAAGAAUUUAGAUAUAGCAAGCUGAUUUCAUACUGAGAACAUCAAAUGAGAGAUCAGACAGUUAGCCAAUUAUAGUAGAUAUCAUUAAGAGAGAAAACUCUGGCUGAGUGUUAUUGUCUGGCCACCAAGGAGAGCUGUUCACUUGUAGCAAGAUUUUGUGGCCUAACUCAUGGAAUGCCCGAUGUGCUUUGCCCUGAUGCUCCUGCUGGCCCUUGGUGUACUCAUGUCCAGUGCUGAGGGGCGUAAGGAGGGAUCUCGCAGCGACCGCACCCUGAAAGACGGCGCAGCUCAGAAACGCUCGUCUCGCUCGUCAGACCCGAAGGCGGGCCGCUGCUCCUACACCUUCAUAGUGCCCCAGCAGAAACUGAAGGGCGCCCUGUGCGUGAGCCGGGAGUCCGUUGGAGCCGCUGCCAACCACUCGGAGGUGGCGUCGCUCCGCCGGGAGCUGAGCCAACAGCAGGAGCAGCUAGAGAGGGUGCGUGUGCAGCUGGAGCAGGAGGGCGCCACGGCCAGCGAUGUACGGGCACUCAGGCGGGAGAGCAGUGCCAUGAACGCCCGCAUCACCCAGCUCUACGCCCAGCUGCUGCACGAGAUCAUCCACAAGAAGGACCAGGUACAAGAGCAACGAAGACUGGAGAACCUGCUCCUCAAUGCCACCUCUCAGGUGCUGCAGGUGACCAACAGCUACAGAGAGUUGGAGAAGAAGUACGAGGCCCUAACCUCUAUAAUGAGCAACCAGACUCAUCUGAUAACACAUUUGGAGAAACAGUGUCAGCUCUGUGGCAAGCCCUCGCAGGCAGAACAUGAGAAAGCACCAUCCUCCGAUUUCCAGUCCAGUCUGCUUCUGAACGACAGUGAUAAAUCCAAGGAAAGAGCUAACGACGUUCAACGAGACCAGAGCGCCCCGCCACCAGACAAAUCUCUGCUGGGCGUCCAGGAACUCUUCACAGCCUCACCUCUCCCUUCCACGGACUCCCCAUUCAUCAGCUACCCCGUCACCAAGACCCCAGGGCCAUGGCGGGACUGCAAGCACGUGCUGGAGUCAGGUGAGGUCACCAGCGGCAUUUACCUGCUGAAGCCACAGGGCACCAACCGUCUGGUGCAGGCCUGGUGUGAGCAGAGCCGAGCCGAGGGAGGCUGGACCGUCAUCCAGAGGAGGGUGGAUGGCUCCGUCAACUUCUUCCGCACCUGGGAGCAGUACAAGCAAGGCUUUGGGAAUCUGGAUGGGGAGUAUUGGCUGGGCCUGGAGCACCUCUACUGGCUCACUGCACAGGCCCAGUACAAACUCAGGGUGGCCAUGGAGGACUGGCAGGGACGCCAGGUGUUCGCCGAGUACAACGACUUUCGCCUGGAGCCUGAGAGCGACGGGUACCGGCUACGCCUGGGCAGUUACAGCGGCAAUGCUGGAGACUCUCUCUCGUGGCACAGUAACAAAGCUUUCACCACGCUGGACCGUGACAAAGAUGCUUAUUCAGGCAACUGUGCCCACUUCCAAAAGGGGGGCUGGUGGUACCACAUGUGCGCCCACUCCAACCUGAAUGGCGUGUGGUAUAGGGGAGGGCACUACCGGAGCCGCUACCAAGAUGGAGUCUACUGGACCGAGUUCCACGGAGGCUCAUACUCUCUCAAGAGGGUCACCAUGAUGAUCAAACCCACUUAAAUCGAGACCAGCAGAUGGAGACCAAAGACACCCGGCUCUCACAAGAUGGAUCUACUGCGGACCAGCUGUGUCUGGUUUCCUGAGAUUUUUAGGUGUGGACUGUCACUCGGCAAUGCAUGGUCACAAAUUAACAGACACACUUUUUGUCCACGUGUCUGAGAGACAAAAGAAAGUUAUCAGCUUCAAAGACAUUUUGUUCCUGAUGUGUGAUUUUGAAUAUAUAUGGAAAAGCACAAAGAAAUAUCAUGGGUUAUAUAUUGCUUUGUGUUUGUACAUUCAUGGACAAUUUAUGAGUUCUUGAGCUAACACACAUUCAGAGAAGUACACUAUGAGUGGAAGAGUGGAAUCUUUGGUAGAAUGACAAGUGCCUUUAUUUCAAGUGAGUGGUGAAGAGCUGAUAUUUUGACAGUAUUAGGGACCUUAGUAGAUUUUGCUGCUGUGCAAAACCUUUCACCACAAAUGUGUGUUUCUUCAAUAACAAGAAGAGGACUCUUUGCCUGAAAGUAGUGAUCCAUGUUACCACUGAUACUUAAAUUGUUUCUUACGAUAAAGCUCCAUAUUUACAUAAAAUUCUCAGAAAAACUUCAGCAGAUGUUGUAUAUUCCUCGUAAUGACAAGACGACCUAUAGUUACUUACCUAUACUUUGCCUAAGUGGCGGGUGGUGGGUGUGGGGGGUGCUUGUGGAGAAGUGUUACUGUAUUUUGUACAUUUGCACGUCUAUAUGCUGAAGGGUGAAUGCAAGGGUAUGUACAAAAUGAAAUACAUUUCAAUGAAAAUAAUUGCGUCUACUAAGAAAAUUCCAUUUAAUUUUAAUUUUAUUAUUAACAACACUACCAAUGUUUUUAUUAAAAUAUAGUACAGAUACCGGUC